UUUUUGCCCGCGCACAAAUCGCCUAGUAAUUGGAACUAACAAGGGACUUUUCCAAAACUGAACUACGUGUCAACAGUCAGUCGUCUUCUUGAGUUGCACUGCCUGACUAGCUUAUAUGAUAUCAUAUAGCCCCGUGUUAAGAAAUAAGGAAUGGUCACAUAGGUUGGUAUUAUUCUUAUUUAAAUGUUGGACAGUGAAAGCAGUGUUCCGUUAGACUUUGUAAAUGGUUGAACAUCUUGAUUUAAAAAAAAAAGAUACAUCUUAAAUGUUUAAAUGAUUGCAAAGUUGUGAGAGUAUUUGAAGUUAUUUAAUUAAUCACAUGAAUGACUUCAUCAUUUUACCUCAUCCUAUUUCUGGACGUCUUCUGAUCAUGCAGUGGCAGGACUUCAUCUUGACCAGUUUAACCACCUUCAUACAAAUUUGAAGGUUUUCAAGACGACAUAAUGUCUUUAAACUUGGUCUCCAAAUACAUCUCCACAAGUAUGAGACGUGUUUCAUGUUACUGGAUAUGUGUGCACGUACUAAGCUUGAUUCUUGCGUGACUUCCAUGCUUAGGCGACUUGCAUGGUGAAGCCCGUUAAUGUUAUCAGGCCCUUUCUCAGCGUCACUCCUGCUGACGAACUUUGGGAGAGCGAUCCCGUCAGGACACCAGCCAGUGAGCAGUGAACCUGGAUCCCAGCCCAGGCCUCCCUGGGAUCUGUCCAUUGACAGGUCUGAGAAUAGAGACUAGGAUGACUGGAAUGGUUUUCAUAAUACAGAAUCAAAUUACACGUACACUAUAUACAGUGGACUUGUUUGUGCUUUAUCGCUUUGUCAGCACUGGACGACAGAUAUGAGGUGACUACACAAAAGACAUGGUUUCACAUAAAUCUUUACAGAAAAGCCUACUGGUGUGAUAACAUGUUUAUGUUUUGACAGUCAAACUCUAAAAUAGCCAACAAAGAAAGCACAUUGAUUAAAAUAUAAGGACUGUUGCUGUACAUGACAAAAAAAUCUAUGUUGUAUGCUCUAAAAAGACACAUUAGUGCAAAACCACAACAUCCAGCUGAUUGGUCAGGGAGUGAAGGGGGCGGAGUAUUCAACAUGACAUCUCAACUGAGGCAGUAUAUAGAUAGGACACAAUGCCGGACGCUCCUGUGGGCAAAGGGAUGACUGAGACUACAGACUACCAAUUACAACUUGCGCUCGUGUGUAACUCCAGCCAAACGUUGAGGACAACACCAUAAUCGCUCAGCACCACACAACCACCAUGGAGAUCUCCACGUCAACUGUUUUUUCUCUUGCAAGCGUCCUGCCAGUGGUUGGCUUCGGGUCAAAGGCCCAGUCAGCUGGUCUCGUGGAGAUUGCUGUCAUGCUCUGCUUGAACCAGCGUAAACAACUGUGUCCUCACGUUUGGGUUCCCAUCCUGAAACCCCAGCGCCCCUGCAUCCGCCCUCAGGCGUCGGAUCAGCUAUCCUCUGACGUCUGCGGCCAGAGUUAUUUGGCCCACCCUCUCUCGGCCUUCUUGGACGAGGACUUGGAUGAAGAGGUUUUCAUCCCAAUCAAGAACAAGCACGUGGUUUUCGCCGACUCGAGAGGAUUGUCCCUGACAGCUGUGCGGGUGUUUUCCGAAGAAGAGGAGCACUCUGACUUGAACCUCCUGCCAUCGCUGCCGGACUUGGGAAGCACGACGGACGACAGCUACAGCUGCACCGUCAGCACGUGCUGCCCAGGAACACGGCUCAAACUUGGCUUCCCGCAGCCCUCCGCAGAUUUCCAGGCCUUUCGUGCCAAGCUGGCAGAGAGCAUGGUUAUCCUGGAGAACUGCAGUGUUUCUGAACAGGCCCUCCAAGGUACCGUCAGAGUCAGGAACAUCAGUUUCCAGAAGGACGUGCGUGUGCGCAUCACCUUUGACUCGUGGCAGAGCCACAAAGAUGUGCCCUGUACAUACCUGCAGAAACGCUUCGGCGGGCCACAGACGGACAUCUUUGAAUUUGACAUUGCCAUCCCUAAAGUGCUAGAUGCCAAAAGGAAGAUAGAAUUCUGUUUGCAUUUCUUACCGGGGGGGGAGAGCAAACCUUUUUGGGACAAUAACAAUGGGCAGAAUUACAGCAUUGCAGUGUGUGUGAGCUCACAUCUCUGUAGGAAGAAUCUAAGUGAAAGGGCAUGACUCAACCUUGAAAAGGAUCCUUGUUUUUGUCAUAUAUAAUUCACCAGUCCUGGGUAUAAAUGAGGUGGAUGUUGUUUUUAAAAUUACAUUUGCAUUGUUUUCAUGCUGAAGCACUUAAGUACUUAAUAAAUGUUUAGAUAUUUUAGUAACUGUAUAGAAAAUGUUAAAACUGCUUAUUUUGGUGUCCAUUUAAUAAUUAUUUUCCCUUUGUCUGUCACAUUUAAUUCACAAGCGGGUGACCUUGUUCUUCGGUCACUCUAUUGUCAUGCCCUAUGUGUUGGCCUGUCAUCGGCCCCGGUGUUACUGUUGUGCACCAGGGAGGGAGAUCCCUUUCACUUUGGGCAUUUCUGGGAUUCCCGUAUAGGUCAGAGAUUUCCAGAGAGGGAUAAACAGAAACACGAGAGAAGAUAUUCUUAGCUCAGUCCUGUUUUAUAGAGUCGAGGCUUGCUGUCAGAGACGGAUUAAAGGGAAACUUUGUGAUACCA